AUGACUUACUUCCAGGUCAAUAGAAAACUCCUGUUGAUGAAAAUUCACUAUUUUUUAGGAAUUGGAGGUUAUGCGUUUGCUCCAUUUUUGACGACGAUAUCAAAACAACGUGGUUAUUCUGCAUUCAUCGUUGGUUUAAUUUUCAUGCUACAACCAAUUCCUGGAUUGCUGAUAAGACCAAUUGUUGGUGCCGUUACAGAUAAAUACAAAUGUCGCCGGUCGGUGUUUAUUGCGAGUUCAAUAAUCAUGUUUGUUUUGGUAUGUUUACUAUCAAUAAUUCCUGGUACGACAUCAAAAGAGGAAUUGAACGAUUUGGAUGUGCUCAAGUCGUCACUUUUUUGGAUGUUUUUUACUACAAUUGCCUUAAUCAAAAUGGUCGGAAUGGCGAGAACUGUUUUAGAGGACACGGUCUGUAUGGAUUUAUUAGGGGAAGACAAAAAUAACUAUGGAAAACAAAGGUUGUGGGGAUCGAUUGGUUGGAGUUUGUUUGCCAUUACUUCCGGCGCUUGUGUAGACUUUUACAGCGCAGGGCUAGAGUACAAGAACUAUGCUCCAGGUUACGUCAUUGCAUCGCUAUGUUUCCUUUUAGAUAUAUAUGUGGUGUUUAACCUUAAGAUUGUCCAAGAAAAUGAUACUAAAACUGUAGCUUCUGACGUGAAAAAAGUAUUCACUGAAGGUAAAGUACUCGUGUUUCUUCUUUGGGUUGUUUUUAUUGGAUUUUUUAUGUCUUUCAUAUGGUACUUCGUAUUUUGGUACCUGGAAGACUUGUCGAAUGAGUUCCACCCCGAGACGAAAUCGUGGAUGAAGACUCUCCAAGGAACAGCCUUACUAAUCCAAUGUUUCGGUGGCGAAGUGCCGUCGUUCAUUUUUUCCAGCUACAUACUGAAACGUGUGGACCACAUGACCAUAUUGUCCGUAGUGUUUUUCACGUUCACGGUUAUAUUCUCUUUGUACACGAUCAUCGAGAACCCUCUUUGGGAAUUACCAGUGGAAUUACUCAGCGGCAUAACGUUCGCAAUGUCUCAUUCGGCAGCCAUUUCGUAUGCGGCACUUAUUACUCCUGCCGGUGCUGAAGGAACACUCCAAGGAGUCGUUGGAACGGCUUACACGGGAAUAGGUGCGCCAAUUGGAAGCAUUGUAGGUGGUUAUAUGUUUAAACAUAUUGGAAGUAUUGCUACGUUUAAGUGGCUGAGCGUCGUCGCAUUUUUGACUUGUGCCGUACAAAUUAUUGUCAAUUAUAUAUUAAGGCGUUUGUCUAAAAAUGAUGAUGUCAAGGACAUAAAUAGAAAUGUUCAAACUAAAAAUGAUCAUAUCAAAGGAGAAAUCAAUUUAACAUUCUAG